AUGUACGUGACGCUGCGCAUGGUGAUUGCAUUCGCCAAGUAUUUCAGAUGGACCAUCGACCAACUUGACGUGGUAACGGCAUUCCUGUACGGUGUCAUGAAGGAACAAGUGUUCUGUGUCAUUCCUGAAGGCGUGGAAUUGCAAGGCUCCUUUGAUUGUCUGGAAUUGGUGAAGGCAAUCUACGGACUCAAGCAAGCGUAG